AUGGAUGAGGAAUCUGUGCUCAAUUUCUGCAGUAUCACUUCGUGUGACCCUGACAAGGCCGCGCAGUAUCUGCGCUUGACAGAUGGCAACUUUGAGCAGGCCAUACAACUCUUCUUCGAUGCCCCGGGGCUUGACUUCACUCCCUCCGCGCCAUCACAACCUGCCCCAGCCUCCACUGCACAGAAUCCCAUAAACAUCGAUUCCGACGAUGACAUGGACUUCGAUGCUGCUCCAUCGGGGGCAAACCCGCCUGCACGAAGCCAACCCGGUGUCGAGGAUGACGAAGCCAUGGCGCGGCGAUUACAAGAGGAGAUGUACGGCGGUGGUGGACCUGGAGGAGCUGGUGUCGACGAAGUUCGCGCGCCUAUGCAACGGACAACAGAGACUCUCGUCGGCCCUGGCUCCAAUUGGGGCCCUGCCGACGAGGAGGAGGACAUAGAUGCUCUGGUGCAAGAACAGCUGGCUCGCCGCCGAACUGGCCGCGCAGGUAUCUUCAACCAACACACAACUCACACAAACGUCUGGGACACUACCACAGAUUCGAGCACGCGGCGACGAGAACUUGCGACCGCAACGGGAGGUGCGUCCGAGCAGUCUUCUAAGAUGAACAUGCUCGCAGAGCUAUUCCGGCCACCAUUCGAAAUAAUGUAUCAGGGCUCGUGGGAGAAGGCACGCGACAUGGGCAAGGACGAAGAGAAGUGGCUCCUCGUGAACAUCCAAGACCCAGCAAUCUUCGACUGCCAGCGCUUGAAUAGGGACAUCUGGAAGAACGAAGAUAUCAAAGCGACUGUCCGGGAGAACUUCAUCUUCUUGCAGUACGCAAAGGACGACCAGCGUGGACAACAGUACAUGAACUACUACUUCCACGCGCGUGACAGCUCAGACGCUUACCCACACAUCGCCAUUGUCGACCCUCGAACUGGUGAACAAGUCAAGGUAUGGUCAGGCCCGCCGAUACCCGAGGCCGUUGAGUUCCACGCCCAACUCCACGAGUUCCUCGAUCGCUACAGCUUGAACGUCAAUGCAAAGAACCCGGUGGCGAAGCGAAAGUCAGAAUCGAAGAAAAAAGAUGUUAACCGUAUGACCGAGGAGGAGAUGUUGGAGAUGGCACUGCAAAACAGCUUGGAGAAUGGCAAAGGCCCACAGGAGGACGAUCCAGAUGCUCUCACCAAAUCGACCGAGAACAUCAAGGGCAAGGGUAAAGCCGAAGAAGCCGCGCCAGAACCAGAGCUAGAGGCUGCUCCAUCAAAUCCAGCUUUUGCCGCUAUUUCCGCACAAGCACCUCACACCGAGCCCACAGUUACCGAUCCAAAGGUAACCACGCGCAUUCAGUUCAGAGGUCCAUCAGGUAGACCUAUUGUCCGUCGGUUCAACCUCGCGGAUCCUGUCCGCCGUGUGUACGAAUGGAUCAAGUCUGACGUACCCUGGGAGGGCAAGCAAGGCGCCGAGUUUGAUCUUUCCUUCAUGGGCAAGAACCUCAUCGAGCAUCUGGACGAAACGGUCGAAGCUGCUGGUCUCAAGGGCGCAAGUGUCAUGGUUGAGUUCAUGGACAACGAGUAA